AUGUUCACGCUAGCAGCCCGUAGAUUGGCAAUUAGAUUGCCACGAGUACGAUUCGGAUCUUCAUCUGCUUACGAUGAGGCCCUUGCUACAAUUCGUAACGAUCUAAAGUUGAAUUUCCGAUUCAAGGCCGAUGUUCUUGAGAAGAACGUGAUCAGAUCUAUACUGGCUGAAACCAAGAACUUGGAAAUCGACAACAAGGACAAGGAUCUGGAUGAGUUCAAGUUGUACGACCUCUUAUCCAAGAUGAUCAAGCAGCGUCAAGACUCUGCUGCCAUUUAUUUGAAGGAAGGGUCUCCAGACAGAUUUCGUCAAACGGGCUGGAAUGAACUAAGAGAAGUUGAUUACAUUACCAAAUACUUGGAAGCCCUACCUGUAGCUAGUGCAGAGGAGAUUGAGGCCAAGGUUGAACCAAUUGUCCAAUCUGUCUUAGAAGAGGAAGGUGAAUUAAAAUCUCCAAAGGAGAUUUUCUCUAGAAUUCCAUGGAAGGUGGUGAACCAGGAUUGGCAGGCGAGUGAAGGUGCUGUCAAGAACACUGUUUUGAGGCUGUAUAACUUGUAUAAAACUGACGCAUAA